GGUAUGUAUAUCGUAUGUGGCAAGUGGAAAAGUACUAGGUACAAUUUCAUCUAUUCGACGCACGCUGUGCGAUGCGAGAGAUAAAAAGACAUCCAUGUGAAUUCCGGUGCCGAGCAUAUAUACAGGCCUUGACUGAAAGAACGACGCAGUAAGUCAACGGUGCUCUGCUCGUGCGUGAUAGUUUUAUCCUAGAUGGAUUCAUUACCUAAAAAAAUUGCUAUAAUUGGUGCUGGAUGUAGUGGUUUAGCAGCCAUCAAAUGUUGCCUGGAUGAAGGACUAGAACCUGCCUGUUUCGACAAAGAUCACGAAAUUGGAGGUCUAUGGCGAUAUGAAGAGGGCGAAAGAGACGCAGCAACGGUUUACCAGACUACCGUCAUCAACAGCAGCAAAGAAACCCUUGCAUUCUCCGACUUUCCCAUUCCAAAAGAAUAUCCAAAUUUUAUGCAUCACACAAAAGUGAUGGAAUAUUUCAAUCUUUACGCUGAAAAAUUUUACCUCCGAAAAUAUAUCAGCUUGAAUACAGAAGUGGUCAACUGCUGUCCAACCGCGGAUUUCAAGGAAACUGGAAAAUGGCAGCUGAUUCUGAAAAAAGUUCUUGAUGGAGGCACGGAGAACAGAAUCUUUGAUGGCGUCAUGGUAUGUGUUGGACACCACGCUGUGCCUUAUUAUCCAUUGCACGAUUUCCCAGGUGUGGAAAAAUUUCAGGGUAAAAAGAUGCAUAGUCGCUCAUAUCGCACUUCCACCCCAUUUGAAGGAAAACGUGUAACUGUCGUGGGGAUGGGAAACUCUGGUUGCGAUAUGGCUGUAGAAUUGAGUAGAAAUGCAAAACAAGUUUACUUGAGCACAAGACGGGGAACAUGGCUUUUUAGUCGAAUCAUGGACAAAGGGGUCCCCUUCGAUUUCCUACUCAUAACAAGGUUCACUUCUUGGUUGAUGUUAAAUCUGCCUUCUCUUAUGAAUCCUUUAUUUGAAUCGAUUCUGAACACCAGAUUUGAUCACGAGAAGUAUGGAGUUAAGCCGAAACAUCGAGUUCUUUCCCAGCAUCCGACUAUUAGCGACGAGUUACCUCAUCGCAUUGUUAACGGCACCGUCAUUCUGAAACCGAACGUGACAGAAUUUACAGAAAAUGAAGUCAUUUUCAAAGACGGAACCAGAGAAAAAAUUGAUGCAGUAAUUUUUGCUACUGGUUUUUCUUUCGAAUUUCCGUUCUUGGACAGGAACAUAAUUGACACAACCAGUAAUCAAUCAGGACUCUAUCGGCUGGUGUGGCCUAUGAACUUGGAACAGAACACUCUAGCCGUCAUCGGUCUUGUUCAACCGCUCACUGUAAUUGGUCCAUGCUCUGAAAUUCAAUCAAGAUGGGCAGCAAAGGUUUUUAAAGGUGGCUUGAAACUGCCUUCAAAUGAAUUAAUGAAAGUGAAUUAUGACGAAAUGAUGACUGAGAUGAAAAAAAGAUACCUUUGCAGUCAUCGAUAUACUAUUGAGGUAGAUGGAGUUACUUACAUGGACAGAAUUGCAGAGGAAUUAUCAUGCAAGCCGAACCUGUUCAAACUUUUCAUCACGGAUCCAUUACUUGCGUGGGAGGUAUUGUUCGGACCAUUCACCUGCGUGCAGUACCGGCUGACAGGGCCUGGUAAAUGGGAGGGUGCUCGAAAAAUUAUUAUGGCACAUUGGGGUCGCAUGUGGUUCCCGUUGUCGGGAAAAGAAGAAAAACAACGUCAGUCUUUCUGGAUGAAUAUGCUUAUCAUAGCGUUCGCUUUUUGCGCUAUUGCUUGGAUUAUAUAAAUCAUUGUCGAUUAGGUAGAAAGCAUGCAUGGCGUUGCUAAGUUUCUAAUACUGUAAGCCUUAUAGUAGGUAAUAAUAUAUAGGCAUAUUAGAUAAUUAGAAUUUUGACGAAAGUGGAUAUUGUUGUGAAGAAAUUGAAUUAGAAAAAGUUUUA